AUGGAGUCUAUUUAUACAGACAUACGAAGUUAUCUUAGUAAUGUUGGAUUUGAGAGGUGGUCUCGAGCAUAUUCACGAAGAAGAAGGUACAAUAUGAUGACAACAAAUCCUUCAGAAAGUGUUAACUCGGUUUUGAAAGAGGAUAGAAAUUUGGUUGUUGCAAGUUUACUUGAUGGAAUUAGAGAGUUCUUGCAAAAGUGGUUUCAUGAUCGAAGAGAAGCUAGUUUGUCAAUGAAAACAAUUUUAACCUCUUGGGCUGAAAGUAUAUUACGUAAGCAACAUGAAGAAUCAAGAAGUUUCUGGGUUCAUCCUAUCAACAAUAUUGAAUACAAUGUAAUGGUCGGUGAUAAACAAUUGAUAGUGAAGUUGAACUUGGGAUCUUGUAGCUGUCGAGUAUGGGAUUUUCAUGAGAUUCCUUGUUCUCAUGCUCUUGUUGUUCUUUGGAUGCUUAACCUAAAUAGUUAUUCUUAUGUGUCUGAUUAUUAUCAUUCACAGACAUUGUUGUCAACAUAUCUAGGACAUGUGCUACCAAUUGGAGUUCAUUCAAAUUGGAGGCUUGUAAACGACGACAUUGGAGCUUUACCUCCUAUUUUUAAACGUUCAGUUGGAAGACCUAAAAAUUUAAGAGUUCCAUCAAUUGGUGAAGUUAAUAGUAGCUCAACAAGAUGUAGUAGUUGUCAUGGCAAGGGUCAUAAUUCUAGAACUUGUAAACUUCGUCAAAUUAAUCAAUGA